AUGUGCACUUACUUUUUAUCUAUACAGUUUGGUAGUGCUGGUAGUUGUUGUAGUGGUUGGUUUGGUAGUAGUGGUGGUAGUAGUGCUUGGUUUGGUAGUAGUGGUUGUUGUAGUAGCUGUCGUGGUUGGUUUGGUAGUAGUGGUGGUAGUAGUGGUAAUGCUGGUGGUUGCUGUAGUUGUUGGUUUGGUAGUAAUGGUGGUUGUUGUAGUACUUGUCGUGGCUGGUUUGGUAGUAGUGGUUGUUGUAGUACUUGUCGUGGUAGGUUUGGUAGUAGUGGUUGCUGUAGUACUUGUCGUGGCUGGUUUGGUAGUAGUGGUGGUAGUAGUGAUAGCGCUGGUGGUUUUUAUAGUGGUAGUACUGGUAGGUGUUGUUGUUGUUUUUAUUGCAGUGCUUGUGCUCAUGAUAAUGACAGGGGUAGUCGUAUGGGUUGUUGUGGUUGUAGUCGCUGUUGUUGCAACUGUUGGAAAUAA